UAGGUUCCUUACAUAGAUGGAGUCAUCUUUUAGUCCAGUUUCCUAGUUUUCCUUCUAUUCCCUCAUCUGUUAGACCAUAGGUCACAUCAGUGGAACUCCAUUUACAUUCAAUAACCUUGAAAUUGCCUGCCCUGAAAGACCUAUGAACACCCUGCCUUAUUAUAUUGGUGUUGCCCUUCUGGCCUUCAGUUCAGUCUGAAGCGGUGAAUCCAGAGGCAAGCGUCGUAGCUUAGUUGAUCUUUCCUUUUUUUAUUCUGGUUAGGUUUAGGUUGGGUAGCUGAAGGGCGUUGCAUGUCUAAGAAAGGGGAUUCAGGCCCACAUGCACUCUCAAUAGGCCAGCAAUUAAGAAAUCAUUACAUGGAGGCCAAUGGUAACUUCUCUAUGGGCCACCUCAUCAAUGAAGAGCCCUCAAUGAUUUCAGAAUGGUCCAAGAAACGUCCAAGAUGCUCUUGCAGCUCCUCAUUGGUCUUACAAUGGAUAAACAAACAAGCAAGAACCUCUCAUAGCUCCUCAAUGGAAGGAGUUGUGGGUAAUGAGAAUCAAAGGAGGUCAUCAAUCAAUAAGCAAAAGGAAAGAAAUACCAUUUCUGCUAUGGGAUUGAAUGAACACGAUCCACCAUUGAUGAUCCCGAGGAAAACAAAUGAACACGGUGGAACAAGUGGAAAUCCCUCCAUUGGGAUCUCUAGCCUACAUUCACUCUCAAUAGGUCAGCAACUAAGAAGUCAUCAGACAGAGACCUUUGGUAUUUUCUCUAAGAGUCACCUCAUCAACAAAGAGCCCUCAAUGUUUUCAGAAGGGUCCAAUAGACGUCCAAGAUGCUCUUGCAGCUCCUCAUUGGUUUUACAACGGACAAAUAAACAUGCAAGAACCUCUUCUCAUAGCUCCUCAGUGAGUAUUGUUGACCACUUUGCAUCUUCAAUAUUGCCCCAACAAUUAAGGAAUCAUAACAGAGCAUAUGAUCAAUUCACCUUGGGGAUGGUUGACAACAGUGCAUAUUCAAUAUUUCCCCAACAGUUAAGUCAACAUAAUAGAGCAUAUGAUCCAUACACUUUGGGGAUCAACUAUGAGAUUUUGCCAGUGAUGCAUCAACAACAAAAAGCAACAUCCCGUAACCUUUUGAAGCAGAUAGAAUUUGGAGGAAGAGUUAGGCAAAACAUUUGUUCUUCUCAAAAAAUGAAUUCUCCUAUCAGUAAUAGCCAAAAUUUGAGUAAUGGAGGAGUUUUUCCCACUACAAGGUUUAAGUCCUCAAUUUUUGAUCAUGCAUAUGAAGUAUUUGGACUCGCUACGAAUCCCAUCCUUCGCCUCUUCCCGUUUGGCCACAAACCUAACAAUUAUAACAAUACAAGUGGCUGGAGCCAAGAAGGCCAAAUUCAAGUUUCAUCUGCAUUGAAUCAAGGAAGGGCAUCAUCAACUGAAUCUGUGUCACCACUUCAAAAUGGUAGCCAUGAAAAGAUGUUCAUGAAACCACAUCAUAAUCAAGAUCCUUGUGAAGUGAAACCAUCAACUAAUGGUGUGGCACAACGACAAAAUAAUAAAGAACAAGGCAUUGUGGAGAUGUUUAUGACAUUACUUCAAAAUAAUAAACCAUUAGAAUCAGAAUUAUCAACUAACAAUAUGGUUCCUUUUCAAAGUCAAAACACACAGAUCAUUAAUGAUGAAAAUGCACUGUCGAAUCAAGGUUCCGCAACACUGUUGAUAGAAGAUUCAACUGAUAUUGAGUUAAUACCCAAUCAAGCUGCAAAGGAAUUGAUUAUGGAAUUCCGGAUAAAUACUGAAGAAGGAAAACAAGAUGAGAUAUUGAACCCCCAACAAGAAGAACAAGUAUUAUGUGAUAACAGGAGAAUCAAUUUUGAGAAACAAAAUCAUAUCCAAGAACAACAUGAACAUCAUGUAGGGAAAAAAGGAGGAGAUCAUCAAGCUAUUGUUCUAAAUCUUGGUUCCGCGUCGCCUUUAAUAAAAGAUUCAGUCAAUCUCGAGUUAAUACCUAAUCCGGCUACAGAGGAAUUGAUUAAGGAGUUCCAGGUGAAUACUGAAGAAGGAAAACAUGAUGAGACAUUGAUCCCACAAGAAGAACAACAAGAAUACUGUGAUGAGAGAAGAAUCAAUUUUGAGCAACAAGAUCAUAUCCAAGAACAUCAAGAACUUAAUGUAGGAGGCCAUCAAGCUAUUGUUCCAAAUUUUGGUUCCGUUUCGCUAUUGAUAGAAGAUUCAACUGAUAUUCAGUUAAUAACUAAUCAGGGUGUAGAGGAAUACAUUAGGGAGUUCCAGGUGAAUACCGAAGAAGGAAAACAAGAUGAGAUAAUAAACCCCCAACAAGAAGAACAAGAAAACUGUGAUGGGGGGAGAAACAAUUUUGAUCAACAAGAUCAUGUCUCAGAACAACAAGAAUGUAAUGUUGGGAACAUUGAACAAGACCAUCAAGCUAUUGUUCUGAAUCAUAGUUUUGCUUCAAUGUUGACAGAAGAUUCAACUGAUCUUAAGUUAAUACCUAAUCAGGUUGUAGAGGAAUUGAGGGAGUUCCAGGUGAAUACCGAAGGACAACAAGGUGAGAUAUUGAACCCCCAACAAGAAGAACAAGAAUACAAUGACGAGCGAAGAAUCAAUUUUGAGCAACAAGAUCAUAUCCAAGAACAACAUGAAUGUAAUGUAGGGAACAUUAGACAAGACUAUCAAGAUAUUGUUCUGAAUCUUGGUUCCGCAUCGCCGCUGAUGGAAGACCCAACUGAUCUUGAGUUAAUACCUAAUCAGGCUGCAGCGGAAUUGAUUAGGGAGCUCCUAGUGAAUACUGAAGGACAACAAGAUGUGAUAAAAAACCCCCAACAAGAAGAACAAGUAUACUUUGAUGAGGGAAGAAUCAAUUUUGAGCAACAAGAUCCAAGAAUAGGAGUGUAAUGUAGGAAACAAUGAAGGAGGCCAUCAAGCUAUUGGCAUGAACCUACAAGAUGUGAUUUGUAUGGAUAUUUUUUCGAACUGAAAAUUUUAGAAAGUCUAAGGGUUCGCAGCACACCUACUUUACUGUCGUAACAAUUCAGAUUUCAAGUAUUUGGUGGACCAAAUAAUUUUACAUUUUUAUAGCUAGUAAGUCAUACAAUCUAUCAUGUCAAUGACAUUUGAUCUUAUUUUGUAUCCAUAAAUUCCAUAUAAAAUUUUCUACUUUAAUUUA